AUGCAGUUCUCCACCAUCCUUUUCACCCUUUUCGCCACCGUCGCCCUUGCCGCCCCGACUGUUGACUCUGUACUCGAGCCCCGCCAGCGUACGCGACAGGAGUGUACUUUGUGCCAUCAGGACUGCUUCAAUAGCAAGACCGGUGAUGCUGCCUUCAAGUCUUGCAUAGCAACCAGCUGCAACGGCGCUCUUCGCUGUGACAUUACUGUUUAG